UUGGAUAAAGGACGAUGGUACGUCCUACCGAGAAAACAUUACAAUUCACCGUAGCGACGCGCGAGUCAGCGAUUUUCAUAAAACGUUCCAUUAUAUAUAUAUAUAUUCGCACGCGCUUAUCAAAUGGGCCAACCAGCAAACUCCGAGGACCUGCAGUUACUGUUAUUCUAGCGUUAUUGUUUUACAUUAAAGGAGUAUUACUGCAGGACGCUGACCGACUGUUCUACCGCUAAAUUUAAUUGUUCGAAACCUCAGUCAGGAUCGACUUCCUACGAUGCUUGUGUCAGCGCAUGCGCAGUAGAUCACCGAAAGUAUCGCUGAUCGGAGAGAACGAGGCGCAGAUGAACGGCUCGAUCGACUGCGCGAGACGCGAUGAGGUAUAAUAAUUCAUAACCACUAAAGACAUGGAUGAAGCACUGGAUUUUUGACUUUUUAUGCAAGCCAAGCUCUUUGUAACAUUUUGAGAUGAAAUUUCUACUUCCAACUUCUGUGGACAGCAAAGUCAUUUUUCUUAUUUAAAAAUGUGAGCCAGCGGUUCAGCGUCCAGACUCUUCCUGGCAUGACUCAAAACCAUUGGUCUCACAAAUCUACUAGAAAUACAGAGGCCUCAAGGCCAGAGUACGGGAUCAGACAUGACGGAUGAGCUGAACAGGGCAUCAGCUGAACCGGAGACAACGAAACCGGAAGAGACUGUGCCGGUUGGAGCAGACGUUGUUACUGUUGUUGAGGAUAAUGCAGUGGAGAACAGUGCACCUGGAAAGGUGACGGUCGAGUCGCCACCUGAUUGGUUGAAGCCAAUGGAGGAGGAUGAAGAUGAUGGCGGUGAAGGUGUCAAGAGCAGUGAAUGGAUCACCAGAAAGACCAAUAACGAUGUUCCUAAAGUAAAACGACGCAGAGGUCGGCCUCCGAUUGCCAGAAAUGCUAGACAUGGACUUACUCGUUUAGAUUUCAAGAAAGGAUUGCAUGCAGAUCACCCUAAACCUAAGAGUGUUCGUACUCUACUGGAAAGAACACGUUCAAGUCUCGCAUCAAGAACUGCCAUUCCCGUCCCAGAUCCAACCCGCACGCCUGAGGUUUUACCCCAAACACACAAGAGCAUCAUUCACAACCCGACGUUGACAUCCCAAAGACCCAGACUCAUCCCCAUCUCACCUACAGGGGACAGCAGCCUCUCCAAGACCCCCAACGCUGAAUUUCACAGCCCUCCGCGCCUCACGAGGGUCUCGCCGCUCAGUAUCGACACAUCUGUGACACGGAAUUUCAUUCACUCUCCAGCUGUAAAAGUGGGCAAUGUUUCCCAACAGAUCGUUUCCUCUAUUGAACCUGGGAAAGAUGGCACUGAGCCACCCCUUCGACUCUGGCUUUGUCCCUCUCUGGAGCCCAUUAGUCCUACAAAAUCUCAGGAUACAUUCUCAGAUCAGACUGUAAGUUCACCAAAUGUUCCGGAGACUACACGUAAUGGAACAGCGACCAUAAAGGAAUGUCUUCCUUUUCUCAGUAAAUGUGAAAGCUGUGGCGGCCCAUUUUCUGCUCAGAAGUUCGGAGACACAUUGUGCUUCAGAUGCUACAGGACUAAACCAGAGAAGAAGCACUCUCCUCCAAAUAUUGUGUUUAGGAAGGUGGGGCAGGAUCAGUGGGAGGUUGGGAAAACAAAACAUCCAAGAAAACAAAUGCUGAAACAAUGUCCCAAAUACAAGAAAGUGGUAAAAACGGAUUUUGUCCCUGAUGGUGAUGAUGAUGAGGAUGACUGGGCUGCAAAGAAACGCAAUCGCAGGAUGUGCCGGCAGUGUGUUGCGUGUCUUCGUGAAGACGACUGUGGCAAAUGUGACUUCUGCAUGGACAAGCCCAAGUUUGGUGGCAGUAACAAGAAAAGGCAGAAAUGUCGCUUACGUCAGUGCAAGUUUCAGUCAAAGCUUCAUGCUCAUAGAGCAAAUGGAAUGCUAAAUCCAUCCCUUCCACGAAGAAGGAAAAAUGUGAAACCCAAGCUCAAGAGACGGGGGAGACCAAGAAAACAGAAAUUCAAAAGCGACCCCUGGGAGGAUGACGACGAAGUGUCUGAAAAGGAUGACGAUGAAGAAGACUUGAGGCAUUAUAAGAUGAAUGGCAGGAAGGGAGGAAAGAGGAAAUGGAAUUACACUUUUAAGGAAGAUGAAGAAGAUGCGUUCGUCGAGACCGUGAUUGAUGAUGACGAACCGUCCAUCACAGAGGAGGAUCCUGAUAUUUUGGGCAGUGGGAGGUCAGUGAUGGUGUCUAGUGAGAUGUACUCAAACACCUCUGGACUCAAUGCUCAGGGAUUAUACUACAACGUGUCCGGCGUGUCGGCGGCGCCUCAUAUGCUUGGAUCAGUACCUCUGUGUAACAACACUCCACUGCCGAUGGGUGAGGUUAUCAGCUCUCUGCCGCUGGGGGACGAUGUGUCUCAGAACGGUUUUCUUCAGAUUGAGAUGGUGAGAGUGGGAUCACCACCAUCACAUUACACAGAAGAACCUCAGAACACAGAACCGCAUGUGUCAGAUUUUCAACUGGAGCCCACGCCGGUGAUCACCCAGAUCUUCAGUCUGGCAGGAGGAGAGAGCGACUGCGACCGAGACCAAGGCCUGAUGGAGCUGUUCACUUCACUAGGCCAGACCGUGCUGCCCGCUCACUGGGUGGGCGUCAUGGCCAAAGGCCCCGUCCUCCAGCUCCUGCAGUGCUCCAAACUCUCCACCAUGGCUGACACGGUGGUCCAGAUCGAGAAGGGCUUCUUCUACCAGGUCAGCGUUCAGAACCAGCCUCUGCUGCUGAUGCACGCCGUCUACUCACGCCACCCCACCUGCCUGGAGACGGUCGAUGACGUGGUGUCGCUCUUGCUGGACUUGGAGGAGCUGGGCGUGUGUCAGGGCUACCAGAACUUCCACAUGGGUCCGCCGUGGGAGCCCAGAAUGAGCGUGCGAGCGGCUCUGUGCGAUUUGCUCAUUCCCAAGGACGAGGAACAGUGUCCGAAAUGCACACAGCCUGUAGAGGGUUGAACAGAGAAUUUACUCUGUUUUCAAACAUCUAUAAGUAGUUCGAGACACUCUUCCACCACUUCUUAUAGUGCUUACAGUGCAGUCAGAGCUGUUUCUGACCUCAUGAUGAAUCAACAUCUAAAAUGGUGCUUCUUUUUUUGUUUUCUUUUUAGAAGUUAGUGACGCAACUUUUGAGAAAGGACUCGCAAACCACUAAGUUUUACCAAAAUCCCUUCUUUCCGUUGCUCUCCAGUUGGGAUUAGGACAUAAAUGCAUUCAGUUCUCAUUUAAACUACCUCUCAAUCAUUUUAUGGACCAAUUUAAACCUUAAACCUCCCAGGUGCCCUUAUUGUAGGUUAUUAUAAAUUGUUACUGUAGUACAAUGAAAUGCAUAGAAGCUUGUUUCUGUCAUGGGAUAAAAAAAUAAAAAAGGUAAUUGCAACUUUUUAUCAUAUAAAGUAUAUCAUUGAGUUCAUAUAUCAUAAUUCAGACUCUUUUUCUUGUAAUUGCAAGAUAUAAAAGCAGAAUUGCAAACGGUAUGAACUCAAAAUUCUGAGAAGUUCGAAUUGUGGAAUAUAAACUCGCUAUUGCAAGAAAAUAUAAUUAUUUUUUUUUACAUUUUGUGGCAGAAACAAUAAAACAGAAUUGCGAGACGUAAACUCAGAAUUUGGAGGGAAAAUGAAUUAUGAGAUGUAAGAAGAACAUCAGAAUUCUGAGUUUGUGUAUCACAGUUCUGAGAGGAAAAAAAGGCUGAAUUGUAUAAUAAAGUCAUAGUUACUGUAUUGAUUUUUUUUGUUCUGUGGCAAGAACGGGCUUCCUGUUUCUGUGUUCUGUACUGCCUUUGUUGUGCUAGAUUUGGGGUUGUACGUUCAAACUUAAAGUUGCUUGAAGUCGAUUUUAAACCAAAAUCAUUCAACCGUUAAAAAUUGUCUUUUUUUAUUUUAUUUAUAACUUACACUGUAUUUUUAAAUUUUACCCCAAAGCAAGCACACUAUCUUUCAUUAUGUGUGUUUUUACAUCUUUUUUUUUUUCCAGGAUUCUCAUUACGUGAGUGUUUUUAUGCAAUGGAAGAUGCACUCUGGUCUUUUUUUGUCCUGUUGUUAAUCACACCUGCUUUCAUGUGACUGAAUUGUGUUACGCAUGAUAAAGUGCAACUAAUGGCACAGCAGUCCGCAGUGCAUCUGUGUGCAUUUUUGCUGUUACGCGUAUUAUUCCCAGCCUACAGUAGACAUCCGACCGGAGGACAUUUCACUGAUCGGCCUUUAUACGGUUUACCUAUAUUGUAAUUCUUCCUAGGAGAUAAAUUGAUGCAGUUAACAUUUGACUAGUUUCUAUGUCAGUGCAACGUUUUGUUUUUUCAUUCCUGAGUGAUUUUAAUUAAAAUGUUUAAAGCUAUUUUUUUUUAAAAACCUCUACCCCUGGAGAUCUGUACAAAAUAAGCUGUAAAAUAUACAUAAUAGUCUGAAAUUAUUUAUAAAUAGAGGAUGUAAGCUAUACAGAGGAUGAGUUUCUGAGGGCAUCUCUGUAUUGUAAAUCUUAUCUUGCUCUUUUGAUCUGUUUAACCUCGAGUUCAGUUUUUGAAACACUGUAAAGUAAGAUUUUUAUGAAGGGUGGGUAAAAUAAAGGUUUCUUUUUUCAUA